AUGGUGUUUUGUACCGAGAAAUCUACUAUUCAGAAAAGCCUCUAUUUCUGGCCACCCGCAACAGCUUCUCUUGCAGAACUUCAUGGUGCUCUAGUAGCCUCUGCUACCACUACUGGAACUGACGCUAUCUAUGACCAUCAUCUGAUUUCACUUUUGUGGUUGAAGAUAAAGAGACAUAUUCUCUCAACACAGGCUUAUGAUUAUGCCGGCACUGGUAGCAUUCUUCCGGCUGAGAGCAAGAGAACAUGCACGACUGUUGGUGACCUCGGUGGUGGAUGGUCUAGUACCCACUGCUUCUGUGAGAGGAAACGAACUCUAAUAACCGAAAUUGGGCAAUAA